AUGGCAGAUGAAUUGUUCGAUGCUAAAUCCGCGGAUGGAUCAUUCAAUCUGGUGAAUCCUUCACCGUGCCCGCUUAAAGCAGAGGGAGCCUCAAGCUUCAAUCAGCUCCUUCAGGAUCACGGCAUCAGCCAGGAGCUCACGGAUCGGCUGCUCGCCGACGGUUGGGAUGCGAAAUCUUUUCGCCAUGUUGUCUGCCAGGAAUCUGAGCUUGCGGGGGUCCUCCCUGAGAUGUUCCCGGACACUGAAGUGUCCUUGAUGCAGCGUGCCAAGCUGCGAGCCGUCUGGUCGUCGCUGCAGCGACGCGGUAGUAACGAUCCUGCUCCUGCAGAACCGCUGGGAUCCCCGGCCAAGCAGGGCUCGGGAUGGUCGGAAGCCUUCGCGCCCAAGCUUGAUGCAACGCGGGUGGCCACACUCAAAAAACGUUUCUUGGAAGCCUUCCCAUCCGAAAUCUUGACGGCUAUGAAUACCCCCUCGCUCCGCCUCUUGAGCACUGCUGUCGACGCCGAGGUUAAGAAGAACUGGUCUUGGAUCCCGUGGAAGAGUCGCAUGACGCAACAGAUGUAUGAGGAUUCCCUCAUGCAGAAGCCCGCAAAAAGGGCCAGGAUUGAGACCCUUCAGCUUUCGGACCUGUUGCUUGAUGAACCGCCACAGAUUGAUAUCAAUGAUUCCACCAUGGGGAUUUCAAUGAUCCGUAGGCUGUUGGAGGUGCAUGACAAUGCCCUCGCUCUUGCAGGCACCGCGCAUCUUGCGCGCCUCAAAGCUUACACCUCUAAGUUCUUGAGCCUGGUUUCGCAAAAAUUCCCGCCAGAAACAAACCUUCGGCCCCCCUCUGUGCUGGAAGCUCAGCAGGCGGACAAACACUUGUGGUCGUGCAUCUUUCAACUUGUGAUCGAGAAAGAAUGGCAGGUGAAUGAUGCGAUCUACGAGUUCACGGAGAUCCGUGGCGAUAUGUCGUCAUGGCUGCAGCCCCGCGCCAAAGCUGCCUCGGCAGGCAAUCGUAGGCCGUAUGCACCGGGCGGCCGUGACAACCGCCCGCCCACCCCACCGCCAGGUCGUGGCAAUGGCAAGGGAAAGGGGAAAGCCAAGAGCCCCACCAAGCAAGGCACCCAGCCUAGGGGCGUUCCGUGGGUUCGCGAGUACAAGGAGGGCGGCCAGGUGAAAAAAUUGUGCAUUGGGUGGCAGAUCGGGAAAUGCCAGCGUGGCAACUCCUGCGAGUUCACGCACGGCUGUGUUGCCGGGUCCAUCCACAGCUGGGGAGAGCUGCCUGCUCCCCCGCCACUGCCACCGCCGAUUCCACCAUCGCAACAGCAAGCCCCCCAGGGAGGCCGUACCCUCCGUGCAUCAUACUGGUCCAGUGCCUUCGGGGGACGUUGCCCCCUCCACAUGCACUUCAAGCACUCCCAUUGCGCCGAUUCCGCCCGCCAGCGGUUCGCCGUGCUCACAUCAUUUCCGGUCACCAUCGCCCUGCCUGAGCUUUGCAGGGACCUGAAUGCCCUAUUCAGGUUCCUGUUUCCAAACGAGCACUGGAACGCUUUGUGUGUCUCGCGCAAUGGCCUCAGUGCGCUGCAUUCCGACUCAGCGAAUAUUCCUGGCUCACGCAAUUUGUCACUCUCGCUGGGCGCCUUCUCGGGUGGCCAUCUGUGGAUUGAGGACCUCUCCUGCCUCUCGCAAGGCCAGCCGACAUCAGUUGCAUCUGGCUCGGGCUGGCUGCAUGGCUGUGCUAUCGACACACAUCGCAAAGCCAUUAGCUUCGAUGGCCGCAUUAGACACAUGACACUUCCCUUCUCAGGAGAGCGUUGGGCCCUCACAGCCUUUUCCCUGCCUGACGUGUGUUGUGCCGAACUUGAGUUUCUGGGUUUCCCACUGCCAUCUCCCCUCUUGGGUUCUAGUCCUGCCCCUAGUCCCUCUGCCUCCCCCACCUCGCCCGAGGGGCUCGAGGAAGCAGACAUCACUUCAUCGCACUUACUAGCAGGGACGCACAUUCAGGAGGAGUUUCCAUCCAGUGGCAACCCUGGGUCAGCCUCCGAGGCGUCCGCAGAUGCGCGUCUUUUUCUCGAGAUCACAUGGAGCAAUCACUCGCGCCAUCAACUUAGCAUGGCUGUCCGUGCUUCAGGUGGAAACUCCCUCACUCUAAGCCCCAGCCUUGACCCGACCCUGGAUGUCCUUUGCCCAGACCUCCUCGAGCAGGUCCUCUUCCUUUGCGGCUCGGGAGCGGUCGCGUAUCUUGCAGCAUCGCCACUAGCCGAGUCAGCAGACUCGCCUGACGACGUGGGUUCCUCCUCGUGGCUGCUAUCGGCAAUGCACGAGCAAACGACGGCGGCAAAGGUUUCCCGUUGCACCUGGCUCCUCAGCAUUGUACACACUGCAGGGGGUCAAGGGCAUUUGGAAUUGCCCCCCACUUCUUCUUACUGGUCGUCUGAGCGGCCCCAGGCCUGGCUGCAUCAGGGAAACUGUGCUCUGGUCUUGAUACCCCCAUUGCUGUACUCAGACUCAGCUAUUCCGUGCCAGCCCCAGCUCUUGGCUGCUUCUUACCGCCCGCUUUCCGCCCUGGCGGUCAGCUCGCCCGCCUUCGCUCCCCCGCAAUGCGCAAGUGCAUUUGCAUCUUCGUUUGCCACGAUCGCUGCCCCUCUGCUCCCGGCAGAGGGCCGCGAGCUAUCCCUGCAGUCAGUCAUCAAGUCUAUCCCACGCAAAGGCCUUUUCGCAGGCCCACAUGCACUUCAUGAUGGUGCUGGAAAACGCUCCAUUGCCGAUUGGAGCAGCCCUGCAAGCCAUGAUGCAUUUCGGGGAUUACGCAAAGCCCUGUUGCAAUUCUGCAUCUCAGCUCGAGCCGACAAACGCUUGCUUGCUCGCGGUUCCUGCCCGUCGAAUGAACCGCUUUUCAGCUCUUCCGAAGUGUCCGCAGCCAGGGAUCUGGUGUUUCCUUCGCUGGGUAUGCAGACCCCGGAUAACGCUUGGUAUGUGCAUCCAUACCAACCCAUGUGCUUGCACGCGUUUGAAGCCCUGGCACAACAUUGUGGCGAUCAGGACAUUCAUCUGUUUCCGCAUUUGCGUAUGGGUGUGCCAACCGGGUACUUGAAUGACAUCCCCCCUUCCAACUGUUUCUGGCCUCCCAAAGGCCAAUCAGGGGAGCUGAUUCCAUUGGCGCUCAAUCUUGAAAACUGGAAGUCGGCCGAUGUGGCUCCUGAGGUCACUUCGCGCCUGCUCCAAGAGGAGUUGGACGCGGGAUACUGCUUUAAGUUUGAAGGCACACUUGAGGAGGCGAAAAGUAGAUGGCCCGUUGGCCUAGCACUGGGAAAAUUGGGGGGUGUUAGGGCUCCGGGGAGGGCCGAACGACUCGUGUUGGACAACAGCGUAGCUGGGACCAAUUCUCAGUGCACAGUGCCGGAACGUCAAUGUUUCCCGAGCAUACACGAUGUUUCGCAUUCUUUCCCGAUUCGCGAGACUUCCGAUCGCCAGAUGGCCAUUUGCAUUGAUGUCAAGCAGGCGCACAAGCGCUGCCGCAUCCGCGACUCCGAGCAGGGCCUGCUCGGCUUCACUUGGCACAACGCGCUAUACUUUUUUCGCUGCUGCCCAUUCGGAGCAGUUUUCUCACAGCAUUGGUGGGGUCGCGUGGGAGGGUGCACUUUGCGCCUGUUACAUACCCUGCUGUUCCUGGCCCAUGUGGGCCUCCUUUUCGUGGACGACUUCAUUUUCAGCCAAGCGGCCAGCCUCAUGCCGCUUUCGGGAGCUGUGAUAUGCCUCUUUCUUCAGAUCCUGGGUGUUCCAGUCAGUUGGAAAAAAUUACAAAUUUCUUGCCGGGUCGAUUGGAUUGGAUGGCGGUUGUGCUUCUCUUCGGGUACGGUUAGUCUCAGGGAAGAAAAACGCUUGCGGCUCCUUGAACAGGUGCGUUCCCUUCUGAGGGGCGGGGGCCGUAUCUCUACCAAGGAACUGGAAUCCUUUCUGGGCCUUGCCAUGUGGGCCUGUGCACUCUUCCCCACUAUGCGUGCCAUGAUGCACCCUUUCUACAAAGACCUUUGGUCUCCGGCUGCCACUAAUUUCAGCAUUGCUCCGGAAUCGUGGCAUAGCAUCUGUAGUUUCCUUGAUUCUUCACUCAGGUUUAAGGCCUCGCCUCCUCACACUGCCAUCCCCGCGGGCGCUAAGCUCCUCUCGGCUCGUCAUGUGCCUUUCACAACCCUUGCAGACUUGUCCAAAGUCGCCGUGACGCACAAAAGAUUGUGGCUCCGCGUUGAAUGCCUUAGCAGCUCGAGGCGGAAACUCUCCUGUGCCUCCAUCCGCUCGUUGCAGGCCUUCGAGCGUUGGUUGCAACACGUGGCACCACUCGCCAGCAUGCGCCCAUCUCAGGUUGCAGACGUUGAGGCCUUCGCCGAUGCAUCGGCGUCCGGCCCAUCUUGCAGUCUGGGGGGUUUUGUUUCUUGUCCGGUUCUAGGCCAGGUUUGGUUCACUGAAACCUUUUCAGUCCAGGAAUUUGAAGCAGCAGGCAUUCCUUUCGGCAAUGACCUGGCUAAGGAGAUAGCCAGUUGUGAAGCCCUGGCUCAGGCGGGGCUGAUUCUUGCUCUCUCUAGCUGGCUCCUUGCAGCAGGUUUCCUUUACGCCUCCCGUCCCUCUGCGAUAACUCAGGGGCGGAGGCAGGUCUGA